AUGGCAGAUCCUAGAAAUUUAAAAAUUGCUAUUAAUAAAGCUAAAGCAACUAAAGCUAGAACAUACUAUAUGAAAGAGUCUUCACAAGCUAUAAAUAAUAAUAUGGAACAACUCUCCCUCAACUAUGCAAAUAUUGUUAAUGUAUUAGCAGUACAAAAUGGAAUUUCAAAGCCCAUAAAUACUUUAUCUAGAAAUACAAAUGCUACUAUAAGAAAUAACAAUGAUAGAAAAUCUUAUGAUAAAGUCAAAUGCUAUCUUACACUAGCACCUAGCAUUAAUUCUUUAGAAUUUUUAGAUGAUGAACAUGGAAAGAAAACAACUUCUUAUAAAGCAUAUAUUAAGAUUAAAAAUAAUUUCAUUAAAGCUAUAAUUGAUAUAAGAGCAAUCGUUAAUAUUAUUACUAAUAAGUUAGUGAAAAAGUUAGGACUUAAUAUUGAUAAAUCCUCUAAAUUGAUUGUAACUACAGCAAAUGAAAGCUUUAGAACAAAUUACUAA